AUGAAGUCCUCCGAUAUCGAUCAGGAUUUAUUUACAGACAGUUACUGCAAAGUGUGCAGUGCACAACUUAUAUCCGAAUCUCAGCGCGUGGCUCAUUACGAGAGUCGAAAACAUGCAAGCAAAGUCCGACUGUAUUACAUGCUUCACCCCAGGGAUGGCGGGUGUCCUGCCAAGAGGCUCCGGUCAGAAAAUGGAAAUGAUGCUGAUAUGGUGGAUAAGAAUAAGUGCUGUACACUCUGUAACAUGUCCUUUACUUCGGCAGUGGUGGCUGACUCACAUUAUCAAGGCAAAAUCCAUGCCAAAAGGUUAAAACUGUUGCUAGGAGAGAAAACCCCAUUAAAUACCACAGCAACACCCCUGAACUCACUGAAGCCUCCAAGGGUGGACGCUGCUCCAGUGGUCACAUCUCCCUAUCAAAGAAGAGAUUCAGACAGAUACUGUGGGCUCUGUGCAGCCUGGUUUAACAAUCCUCUGAUGGCCCAGCAACAUUAUGAUGGCAAGAAACACAAAAAGAACGCAGCAAGAGUUGCUCUAUUAGAACAGCUUGGGACAACUCUGGAUAUGGGGGAACUAAGAGGUCUGAGGCGCAAUUACAGAUGUACCAUCUGCAGUGUCUCUCUAAACUCCAUAGAACAGUAUCAUGCCCAUCUGAAAGGAUCUAAACACCAGACCAACUGGAUGAAGAUUGACUGUAAACAUAAUUCUUCCUUAGUGUUUACUUCUCUGCUGCUAGGUGGCCCAGAAGCUGACCAGUCCUUUAAGCGGCCUGAAGAUAAAAGUGUGCCUCCCAUGGAAAGGAUAGACCAGGAGAGGACACUGGUGCCUCCACUCCAUGGUGAACGUUGGGGAGCUCUCCAAACAGCUGGCAGUGAAGGGAGCUGGGUGACUGGGCACAACAUGGACCAUGCCUCCCAGAACAAUGUGGAGCUGGAGAUGCAUCAGGUGGCACAAACGUUGUCAGUGGCAGGAGGCCACUUACUGAGGCCAACACCAGGACAAGAGUUAAUUGGAGAAUUGGACAAACAUCAGGGAAUUAAAAUGUAUAAACCUUACAACAGAUAUGGAGUCGUCACCCAGCCCAGCACCUCUAUGAGUCGUGACUAG